CAGAAACAUACAAAAUGUCGGCGGCAUCGACCUGCGCUCCUUGUUUUCUACGUUCUCAGCGCUUUCUACGAACACCUAUACGUCUUGCUUCUAACGAAACGCUAUGGGCACCGACUACUAUAAGCUCCUUGGCGUCGACAAGAACGCCGACGACGAUGCUAUCAAGCGCGCGUACAAGAAGAUGGCCUUGAAAUGGCACCCCGAUCGGAACAAGGGGUCAGAGGAGGCUUCCCAGAAGUUCAAGGAGAUCUCCGAAGCCUUCGAGGUUCUGAGCGACAGCAACAAGCGUGCCAUCUAUGACCAGUUCGGCGAGGAAGGCCUCAAGGGCGGAGGUGGCCCCCCUCCUGGCGCUGGCGGUCCGGGAGGCUUCAGCGGAUUCAGCGGCUUCCCCGGCGGUGGCCCAGGCGGCGCGCAUACAUUCACCUUCACCUCCGGCCCAGGCGGCAGCUCAAGCGGAGGUUUCAACCCCACAGACCCCAACCGUAUAUUCGAACAGAUAUUCGGUGGAGGCUUUGGCGGCUUCAGCAUGGGCGGAAUGGGCGGUGGCAUGGGAGGCUUCCCGGGCAUGGGCGGAGCGCGCUCAGGGCGCAGCACACCCCGCCGCGCACAAUCCAUGUUCGCCGACGAUGACGACGAGGACAUGGACGGCACCUUCAGCGGCUUCAGCGGCAUGCCCGGUGGGAUGGGCGGCGGCGGUCGUCCACGGCCAUCGCAUCAGAAGAGCCAGGCGCCGACAGAGAUCACUCGCCCGCUCAAGGUCUCGCUCAACGACCUCUAUUCUGGCGCGGUCAAGCACUUGAAGAUCGGUCGUCGGUUGCUCGACGGCACGACCGAGGACAAGGUGCUGGAGAUCCAGAUCCAUCCAGGAUGGAAGAGUGGCACGAAGAUCCGGUUCCCGAAAGCAGGCAACGAGCAGGCCAACGGGGACGCGCAGGACCUUGUCUUCGUCGUCGAGGAGAAGCCGCACGACAAGUUCAAGCGCGAAGGCAAUGACCUCAUCGCUCGCGUGCCAAUCCCUCUCGUCGAUGCGCUCACGGGCUCGUCAAACGGCCGCUUCGUCGUUGAGCACCUCGACGGGCGCAAACUCCAGGUUCCCGUACCAGCUGGCAUCGUCAAGCCUGGCCAAGAGACCACAGUACCGGGCGAGGGCAUGCCCAUUCGCAAGGACGGCCAGGUGCGGAGGAAAGGCGACCUCAUCAUCAAGUGGGACGUCCAGUUCCCCGACCGCCUCACCCCCGCGCAGAAGGAGGGCCUGCGGAAGGUCCUGGCGUAAGCGCGCACGUCGUCGCGCAGGGGAUAGGCGUGGCAUAGUCCAGCGUUCCCCGCUUCCUGGCGACCCGCAUAGGGUGCAGGAUGGAAUAACUUGAGUCUGGCGACUCGGCAGUUUACAAUACGGAUCCCCUAUAUGAUAUCUUUAUUGUCUUUGCACAUUUUCCGGACACAUUGCAUGCACAUGUUGUACUUGUACCUUCAAUUCAUACCUUGCACGUUUUAGACGCGAA